CGGCCUAGAUUUUAUUUUUAUUCAUUUGUCAGGGGCGUGAAUACGGUGAGUCGGUCACAGGAAAUUGCUUGUGAGGGUUGUCGAGUGACAGAACGCAGCGGUCCGAGAGAAGUGGCAAAAAACCUCUCGCAGUCUCGUUUAUCGGCAUCCGGUAGUCCACUCCGUAUCGACGUCGACAUUGAUCUCGAUAUCGACCUCGGAAAUAGUUUCUUUGGGGAGCUUAAGGAUGACUUCUGAGUCCAGUUUAGAGGGCUCCAGUUCUAUCCAGGUCAAUCUUGACAGUUCAGAAUCAACCAUUGGAAUCAACAUCAAAACUCUGGAUUCACGGACAUUUUCCCUUCGAGUGAACAAAAAUAUACCGGUGCCAGAUUUAAAGGAGAUGAUAGUGACCACCAUUGGUGUUCCCCCAGAACAACAACGACUAAUUUACAGAGGAAAGGUUCUCAAAGAUGAGCAAUUGUUAUCUGAACUUCAUAUGGAGGAUGGAGACACUCUACAUUUGGUUUUAAGGCAGCCGACCCUGUCUCAACCUACAUCUUCCACUGUUGCUGCUGAGGCAUCAAGAGCUAGUAGCAGUCAAGCAAAUGAUUCGGGUUCUGGGGUACAACGCAAUAGGGUUGGACAGGUUGCUCACGGUGUAUUGGUCGGAACAAUUAAUGUGGCAGACAGAAAUGGUGAAGCUAUGUUAACUGAUAUCAGUCGGAAUAUAGAGUCAUUUCUCGGUUCUUUAGGACUGGUAACAGUAGAUCCAACAGGGGCAACUACCAAUGCUCCAACUGUUACUGUAGCCUCUUCAGGUGGAUUAGGAAUAUCUCAAAAUACCAGCAGAACAGAGCCAAUUAACUCAGCACAUGAGGGAUUUGUGCCAUCUAAUAACAGCCCACAACAGGCCUCAAUACAGUUUUCUCAGUUGCCGCUCAUACGAACUUUAAAUCAACCAGUGGUUAUCUCUAAUGCUGUGACAACUCUUUCUGAGUUCAUUGAUCGGAUGGAAUUAGUGUUGCAAAGUCAUAAUGGCUCCCCAAACAGUGCUCAACAUCAACCACGUUCUGAAGCUUCAUCAGUAGAUGCAAGAGGAUUACCAACCCUUGACUUUUUAUGUUCUAUAAUGGAAAGAGCACAGCAACUUCUAAGAGACAGUGCGGCUUCUGCUCUUGCGCAUGUAUCAACACGUUUGCAAAGGGAAGGGAGCUCUUCUGACCCAGUCUUGAGAGGUCAGAUUCAGAAUGAAGCUAUGCAAUUAGGAGUUGCAAUGCAGCAUUUAGGUGCUUUGCUCUUAGAGCUUGGUCGCACAAUAAUGACACUUCGUAUGGGGCAAUCUCCAGCUGAGUUUUCUGUGAAUUCUGGACCUGCUGUUUAUAUAUCUCCAAUAGGGCCAAAUCCAAUAAUGGUUCAGCCAAGCUCCCUAUUUGGUGCACCUCCUCUCCCAUUAGUCUCUGGAUUAUCAGUUGGAGCUUCUCCCGGAAAUCCUUUGAGCAACAUUAAUAUCCACUUACAUGCUGGGAAUUCCACAGCCCCUGGUGUAUCCUCUACCGUUGGCAUGACAAGUCCUGCUGAGACUAUUCAUGGAGAUCGUCCGAGCACUGAACAAACAAGUUUAGGUAUAAAUGGUUCAAGUGAUUCAUCAACUUCCACAAGAGGAUUACCUUUGAGAGCAGUGGUUUCUGCUACGCCAGCUCGAACUGUCCCAGAAGCCUCUGGUCAUGUGUUCAGUGUUACAUACCCUGUUCACAUAAGGGCACAGCAUUCCAUCCCUAUACAGUUUGCUUCUCCUCAAGGUGCUGGCUCGGCUCUAAGCGGAGCGGUCCCACCACCGUCUGUUUCUGUCCCAGCAAUUGUAGCUCAGGUCACAGCGCGCAUUGCAAGUGCACUAACUGGAAAUGCGCAAGCACAAAGCUCAUCUACUAGCACGCAGCCUAUUGCUACUCAAGGCGCACAUUCAGUUGUGAGUAGUGGGACACUAUCUGACUUGUCUACUUCUGCACUACAAGCUCCUCAAAUGAAUAUUAGCAUCCUGCAUACAACUCCACAGUCGAAUAUGCCGAGUAGUUCACUUCGUAGUGAUUCUCAAGACCAAAAUCCAUCAUCCCUGUCUGAAACUUCUCAGGAGUCGAGCAGUGGUGAAGAGAAUGUGUUAGCUUGCCAGGAAGAUCUUUAUUCAGGCAAUGAUGAUGCAAGACGCAACUCAGUGAACACGGGGUUUCCUGAACAUGGGAAGGGGACUGGUUCUGGGGAAAAUUGUACUUCUGAUCUCAUUGGUUCUGGAAAAGAAGGGCAGCAUAUUCAGUUAGAAGGCAAUCAGAUUAAUAACUUGGGUUCUGGUAUUAGUGUUGAAGAAUCAUCAACUCCGAGUUCAUCCAAAGUUCUUGCUGACUGUCAAUCUAGUUCAUCAGAUAUUAGAUCUUUUAAUAGAGAACCAAAACCUGUUGAAUUUCAGAAGCCACCCUCAUCAAGCAGUCAAAUAGAGAGCAAUACACGUACUCCCUUGGGGCUAGGUUUUGGAGGUUUACGGGCUAAGAAGCGAAGUAAGCCGGUAAAGCCUAAAGGGAAGGAUGAUGGACAAGCUGAGGCAUCUUCAUCGGAUCAAAGUCAACAUUCUAUUGGCAGGGUCCAUGAAGCUGUUCUUUCUGUUCCAUCUCAGAUUUCAAAUGUGGAUGGGGGAAAUAAUAAUGGGUCCUCCAGUCAACUUCCCUCUUUGAUUUCUCAGUUUAUGAAUAGCAUGCCUUCGGUAGGGCAAGAUGGUAGCGGGCAAACUGAUUUUGGUGGCAUGAUUGCUAAUGCCAUGCAAAGUUCUGCUUUCAACAAUCUCUUGACUGGUGUAGCAUCACAGUCUAGGGUUGCCAGUGGUGAUCUGAGAAGCAUGUUGUUGCAGUGCGUACAGAGCCCUGCAGUUCAAAACACUGUUAAUCAACUUGUGGAAGAAGUAGGACAGAGCCAAAAUAAUGGAAAUAUACAGAGUACAGGACAAAACAGAUUAGAUUUUACAGGGAUGAUUCAGCAGAUGCUACCUGUAGUAUCCCAAGCUCUUGGUAGGUCAUCAACACUCGCUGCUCCUGUACAGGACAUGCAAUCUGAGCGUCAGCCUAAAUCCAUUGAUGUUAAUAAUCAGGUUGAUCUCAGUCAAGCUCUUGAAAAAAUUGAGCAAGAUGAUGACCCUAGAAGUAUUUUUAGAACAUUGCUUGAAAUAACUGGUGGUCACCUCUAUGGAGAAGAAAAUACUUACCAAGAUAUUGUUGAACUGGCGAAUGAUGAGGAACUGGCCCGUGAAUUCAUGGAGGUGCUGAAACGCGAUAUCAAACGCAGGCUGGAGGGAGAGUCCACAUCAGAGGACAAGUCUUGAAUAGGUUAUUUGUGAAUGAAAUCCAGUUUGUCAAACUGGACUGGAUGCUCUCUGCAGCCUAAUACUACACUGGUCUCAGCUUCUGAAACAAAUCUGGUAGGGGAAUUUGUAUUUUUUGAAUAGAAAUUACUCUCUGGUCGUCACUCUGAUUUUUUUAUUUCUUGUACAUUCUAGAAACAUAAGUGUAAUGCACUACUAUAUGCAACUUCAACACUGAAAAUAGUCUUUGAUCCAAGAUUAUUAUGCUUCUUAAUGCUCUUUUUCUGUA